UUUUUAAAUUCAAAGCUGCGUUCAAAAGUGGGGUUUUGGCGCUUUUGCAACCACAACCACAACUCCAAGAGGAGAUGAUACUCACAGCACCUUUCAGCCAACCGGAAAUGGAGUUGCUUGAGGAGAUGUAAGCAUAAGGAGUACUAUUCGAACACAGAAACCAGUCGAAGGAGAGAGCAGCUCUUGAGUACUAGCUAGUAGUUAUUAUCCCCAGCCAAUUGCAGCGCAUCUGAUCACCCAACAAUUAAUUAAUUGAGUGGAGUGGGGGCCAUCUGGUACCAAUAUCGAUCCUCUGAGAAAACCUUUUUUUACUCUACAAGAUGUUCCGAUCACCGCCGAGUUCCAACGGUUCUCAUCAGCAGCAGCCACCACAGUCUCAGCGAAGACUGGUGAAACCCAACAGUUCCUUUAUUAGUAGUAAUCAUGUCAAUAACGUCAAGACCAAGAAACAAGCCUUUGUGAGUCGGCUGCGGUGCAUUCUACUGCUCUUGGUGAUUACAAUGACAUCCAGCGUCCUCUUCAUGUUCCAAAUGGCCAAAUCCUCGGAAUUCUUCUCUUCCAAACAUCCUCACAACAACGACACACCAUUGGCAGUGGCCAAGAGAGGGUAUUCCAUUUACAAACGGAAACAUUUGGCUUCUCAUGAAGACAAAAAACAAACCCGGCUCCAUGAUAUCCAAAAGAGAAACAAUGAACAGCAGGCCAAGCAACAACAAGAACACCAGCAGUGGCAAGACCAACACGAGGCAGACAAGCACUAUUCAAAAUACAAACACAAAGCAGCUGAAAACCAAAAAGAGGCCACAAAGAAACUCCAACUUGACAAACAACAAGAGCCAGAACCAGUCAAGGCGAGAUCCCACGAAAACAAUCCACAAAAGCCAGAUUCCAAAGCCCAUGAAACCAAAAACGACCUGCAUGACGACACUGCAAAUCACAAGGGAAAACACAACAACAAGGUAGACCAUGAUCAGACACUGCAAAAGCCAAUUGACAGUCCCAAGAAUAUCUUUCAUGGCAGAAAAGGAUCUGACCACAGUGACAACAACAACAACAACAACGCUUUGCCAGAUGAGAAUACACUGGCUUCUCCUGUUGCCAAGAACACGGAGAAAGAGCGAGCCCUGAAGCAGAAGAACCAGCAGAGUGAACCGAAAGACUCUGAGGCAAAGCAAGAUGACAAACAACACACACAACCAGAAAAUCCAUCCAUGUUGAAAGACGAGACACGUGGUGGAGCCGCUGCCAAGUCUGCACUGAAAGCUGUAGUCCAAGGGGUUGUCAUCCACAACCACAACAACAAUGAUGAUAACAAGCAACCCGACGGGAAACAGCAAAAGAAAAGCGAAAAGGUGGUCCUGCUCAAACCCUCCGAACAAGACCAUCUGCACAGUACCUACAAGCAUGCCGUGGCAGCAUUGCGAUUGGCCAAGCUACGGGACAAGACGGAUCCACUCAAAGUGGCACGGGUCGAUACGCCCAUUCACAAACUGCACCGGGUACCCUUUGAACCAAUGGUCCCAAUUGGGGUCUUGGUCGAUGCCGGUCGGCAUUACUUCUCCAUGUCCUGGUGGAAACGAUUGAUUGUCUACCUCUAUCAACUGCGCUUUACUCUCAUACAGUUUCGAUUGACCGAUGAUCAAACUUUUAAUCUGCAGCUCGAGUCCUAUCCUCAACUCGCCAACCCCGUGUUGUUAAAGUACAACAAACAGAGAAAGACAUAUACGGCAAAGGAUAUACGCGAGUUGGUGCAAUUUGCCAGGGGCUACAACAUUACACUCUUUCCCGAGAUUAACCUUCCGGGUCAUGCGGGAGGUUGGGCGGGCAUCCCAGGGCUCGUUGUCAUGUGUUCCGAGUUUAUCUGCGACAAAGGGUACGGAUUGCCACUCAACAUUGAACACCCCAAUAUCAAAACCAUUUUGAAGACGGUGCUGCGAGAAGUGUUGGAUAUAUUUGACAACCCGCCAUAUCUACAUCUUGGAGGGGAUGAAGUGAACAUGGCAGAUCCUUGCUUUACAGAAGUCGGUCUUCGACCCUUUAACUAUUCUGGAUUUGAAAAACAAUUAAAGGGUAUUCUCCAAGAACUCCGCUAUCCUGAGGAGCAAGUCAUUCGAUGGGAACGAACGGGGCAGAGUCUUUCUCUGGAUCGUGCCGGGGCUAUUGAGCACUUUUGGGAAUCCUUUCCAGGUGUCAAGAGUGACGUUCCCAAGCUCCCAUCCGGAGAUGCCAGGCCAUGGUUCGUCUCGAAAGGGUUGUACUUUGACAAUAAUCACAAUGACGAUGGAAUGGCGGUAUAUCGAAACACACACUCGGCCCUAAAUUAUUUCAAAGGUGCGGGAAGACCCAAGGCAAUCAUUGCGGGAACAUUUGAGCUUGGCGAGGAAUACUGGAGGCAACGGAACGUUGCAACAAGGCUGAUCGCCGUGUCUAUGGGUGCCUCGGAUACAAAAUUCUCUGGCAAGAUGGCAGAAGUAAUGUCAUUCAACCAAACUUGCCUCGGCCUUGGAAUCAAUGAUCGAUGGUGCAAUCUACAGGGCUCCAUCACAGUUUUGGACAGCGAAUUUAUCGAUGAUCAUCAAGGUACAUGGAAGCAGUGGAAAGAAGGGAUUUGUGGACGGCUGACAAGGGAGGGAAUGAAACUCGAGCUGAAGAGCACCGCCAGCACACGAAAAUCGCUGGAAACUAGUGGCUACAAUAACUUUUGGAGCAAGUUUGCGGACGAUCCCCUUCCGACGCCUUCCGUGCCCCGUCGGAAGCGGAAGGAAAGUAAAUCUUCGCCGUUGGGGGGAGAGCAUUCAAUUCCUAUUACUGGGAUCAUCUUUGACAUGGUCAACAGCAUGAGAACGCCCACUUCGGAUAUCCUGGAAUUGCUAAAGAAGUAUGUUUCUCCUCUGGGAUUCAAUCUUGUUCAGUUGCGGUUGGUGAAUGACUUUGGCUUUGCCAUUCGACUGGAGUCACAGCCAAAGCUGGGAUACACUGCCUUGCAACCAAAGAAGGGAGCUCCUCCUGUCAGUAUACCGACCGCACAGGAGUAUCGAGAGCUAGUGACAUCGGCAAUGAACGACCUUGGCAUUGAAAUCAUGCCGGAAGUUUCCUUUUCCACAAAUGCUGGCGGCUGGUUAAACUCGGGGUUUGUCGCCCCUUGCCCCAAUACGCUUUGUGACAAAGGCCGAGGUGUCGCUAAUGCAGUGUACGAAUCGGACAUGUGGGCUGUUGUGUACUCUGUCUUGUUUGAGCUUAGGCAUAUCUUUGCGACAAGUCCGUACAUGCACCUGGGUCAUGACAAUCGAGAAACCGCUCGAAAGGGAUGUUUCAAGGAAGCCGCCGCAAAGGAUCCCAUGGAAGCGUUUGCGGAAUUCGAAGAGAAACUCACUACGUUGGCUUUUAUGGUGGGCAUUGAAGCUGAUCAGAUUGUGAGGUGGAACAAUGAAGAAGACAAGGUGUACUCUGGCAGAACAGGAAACAUCACGCAAUAUCAAACGGGCAAGCUGAAACCUUCAGCAGGCGAUAAGUUCUUUGCAACGGUGGACCUCCUCAGUGGGAGCCCCUGGGAUAUCUACAAGAACACCCUCGCUCUGGUCAAGCUCAAGCCUAUGGGUAUUCUAGGACAAGUCGGCGACAAUAGCAACGAAACUUGGGAAAGCAUGAACAUUCCACUGAGGCUUGUCGCGUUCUCCAUGGGACUGCAAAAGAAACACAAGCAGUGGGACCACAAAUCCUUUCAGACUCAUCUCGUUCAACAUUGCAAAGCCUAUAAGUUUGAGGGAUGUGACAAGCCAGAUGGAUCCAAAGUAAAAGUGUCCUAUGAGGUGGAAGAAACUCGUUAUUCGGACAGAUUAUGCCACACGUUUACUCACAAUGUUGUGGGUCGUGAGAUUCGACCAGAGUUCCUGACAUCAUAGUACUAUGAUACACCGGUACCGGUACAGCUAUCGGGGAUGCUGGCAACAUAGUUCCAUAAAGCUAUAGAUCUACACUAAGUUUCCAGACAUGGCAUCAAGUCAUCGCUUGGCUUGACACAACUGUUUUGGACUCUUUCUGUCAUUCAG